CUGAUUCAUUCUCACUGGACCGCCACCAGAUCCUCAAAAUUUCCAAAUUCUGAGGAAUUUUCUUCAUAAUUGUAAAUAUUACCAUCAAUGUCGAGUAUCAAAAUCGAUGUCGAGUAUUGUGGCUCGUGUGGUCAUCGGAAACAGUUCUUGGAAUUGGCUGGGAUCAUCAAAGAUGCUUGUUCCGAUUGUAAAAUUAGUGGGGAUUGUGGAAGACAAGGUUCAUUUGAGGUAAAAAUAAACGAUAAAUUAGUUUAUUCAAAAUUACAAACAAUGGCUUUUCCUGCUUACAAUGAAGUAUUAGAUGUAGUGAAAGAAGUGUCUGAGGGUCAGCCAGUGAGACCAGUAAUUAAGCAACAACCGAUAGAUUGUUCAAUUAGUUGAAUCUCCUAGGUAAAGUACAAAUUACUUAAGAGUUGUAAAUAAAUCAUUAGUCAUAAACGAACAGAUUACCUAGAUUUAUUGAAACAACUUGAUUUAACAAAUUUGUAAAAUAUACAGCUAAAAUAUAUAAUAGAGAUUCUCAAGCAA